AAACAGGCAAGAUGUCAUUAGUUGUCAGCGAAGAAGGUUCAUUCCAACACAUUUUACGGUAUGUUUAUAACUAGAUCGAUGAUGAGAGAGUUUAAUCCGUUUGAAAGUGGUUUUAGUAUUGGAGGAAAAUUUUUAUCAAUGAGGAAGACAUAAUGAAAGAACAAGUACAAGGGGUCACAUAAAUAGUAGAAGAACACAUCGAAUAAAUCCACGAAUGAAGUCACAGGAGAUAGCGACGGAUGAGAGACUAUGGGGACUAUAAAGUAGAAUAGAGAGGGAAUGGGAGGAAACAUAAUGAAAACGACUAAAUUGGCAUUGAGGAGGAUAUGAAGGAAGGAGAGAGAGAAAAAUUAAGAGAUACUUUACUAAGAUGGACUUCAAACAGAUUUACAUUUUAUGGCGAACGAAUUACUAACAUAUUAUAGUUUAUUGAACACCAACAUUGAUGGUAGAAUCAAGAUCAUGUACGCUUUGACUAAGAUCAGAGGUGUCGGUCGUCGUUACUCCAACUUGGUCUGUAAGAAGGCUGAUGUUGACUUAAAGAAGCGUGCUGGUGAAUUAACCCAAGAAGAAUUGGAAAGAAUUGUCACCAUCAUGCAAAACCCAACCAACUAUAAGAUCCCAGCUUGGUUCUUAAACAGACAAAAGGACCAAGUCGACGGUAAGGACUACCAUGUCUUAGCUAACAACUUAGAAUCCAAAUUAAGAGAUGAUUUAGAAAGAUUAAAGAAGAUCAGAGCUCACCGUGGUAUCAGACACUUCUGGGGCUUAAAGGUCAGAGGUCAACACACCAAAACCACUUCCCGUGGUCGUUAA